GGGGACUGUUGCUUGGAAAUCGCUGUAAUGAUAUGAGACAGCUUUGUCUGAAAACAACCUGUGAGCUUUCAGCACCUCGUAUUUUUAAGGUGCUGUUGGCAAUACAUCUGAUCAUAUUUAACUACUAGGGUGGGAAACUGCACAUUUUCUUGACCCUGAGGAAAUGCUGUGCAGCCUUCUUUCCAUCCCCACUAUUGUGAGAGCAUUAAUUUUCCCAGUCACCGAAGUAAUACAGCCUUUUGCCCAGAAGAAGUCCGGUAUAUGGCAGGUGAUAGCUCUGCUGACCGUAAACUUGAGCAGUGUUUUCAUUCCCUUUAGACAGAUUUUUUUUUGGUCAGUUCUAUGUUUGGUCAGGCAUCCAGAGAUGGCUGUGACUGGGGCGUGUGAUCCAAGGGUCUCUGCCUUUCUGCCUCCCCCAGGGCAGGUUCUGCCAAGGUGUGCUGAUGCUGCUCUGCAGGAGGAUUUCGGAUGCCCCAUCCAGCUCCAGGAGAGUGCCAUUCCCAGGCUCCUGUGUAGCACAGUGCUGGCAGCAAUAGCGAUGAUAGACACCCCAAGAAGGGGCAAAGUGCAUUCCCAGCACCAUUAGUAACCUGCUGCCUCUCUCUUUCCUCUCCUCUCCCUUCCUCCCACUCCCUCGGCCAGGCUCGUGGCUGGGCAGAGCAGCCCACACCUUCUUCUGGGCGGUGGAUCCGACUUUGCAGCAUCCCCCCUGGCAGCCCCAGGAAGAUUUCUGGCUGCGUCAGCCAAAAUUCCUCCCGGGGACUGUGCUGCAAUGCAGACACCACACCCCGCUGGUGCUGCUCAGCUUCCGACCGGCACCGCCGAGGGCUUUCCUCCUCCUCCUCCCUAUUAGCCCCGAUGAUUUUGGGUUGGCCGGCAUCACCUCCUCGGGACCGCGGUGCCCGCAGCGGGUGUCGGUGAGGCAUCGCUGGCAUUCGGCGGUGCGGCUGCUGCCUGCAGAAGCGCUCGCUCCCCGCAGGGACCCACGGGUUUCAGAUUUCAUUUCCCUCGCACGCUACACCCCAAUUCCAGACCCUUUCUGGCUCCGCCGUUGCAUGGACGCAGAGCAUGGGUCCUUCGCCGUAUCCAGCGCAAACAGAGAGCUCCAGGGAGUGGACCAUGAAGACGUCAAUUUUAUUUUGGCUUUGCAUCUCAGUUUUCCCCGGCUUUUCCCAGGGCAGAGUCGUUGGAGAGGACGAGGCUGGUUUUGCUGAGUGUAACGUGUUUUUCCCCGGACAAGUCCCACCAGAAGGAUUCACUGAGCCCUUCCACGUGAAAAUCUGUCAGCAGUACAACAGGGAGCCGCGCUUUGCAACUCUCUACAGUACCAAGGACAAAAUCCCUCUUUAUUCAGCUUUUAAAUACACAAAAGCAGCCCAAAACGAGGAGGAGAGCUGGCUGGUCGAGCCACAGAUAGACGACCCAGACAACGACCAGCACGAGAUGGUGCUCGAAGCUGAUCUCGUUGGCGCGGUGGCCAACCUUGGUGCCAACCAAGCCCUGACCUCAGACUACGUGGGCUCUGGUUACGAGCGAGGGCUGCUGAACCCCAGCCUGCUCAACGAGGAAGACUUCCAGAUGGCCACCUACACGCUCACGAACGCCGUCCCCCUGAGUCCCUCUCUGAGCAAAACCUGGCACAGAGACAUCGGGAGGGUGGUGGAGCAAGCCCUGGCCCCUCACUGUUCCAAGAAGGACCAUCUGUAUCUCCUUGCGGGUGCGAUUCCUUCCAGCGUCCGGGUCAAAGGCAAGGUGUCGGUGCCCGAGGCGCUGUGGCUGGCAGCGUGCUGUGACGCUGCGGAGGGGUGGUCUCUAGGGCUGGUGAAAAAAAUCAGCGAUGAAAACAGUUUGGCAGACCUCACGGUGGGCGAGCUGGAGAAGCAGCUCCUAGCAGGGGUUGACCUCUUCAAGGGCAACUGUGGAGAAGACACCAAAAACAAGGAGAAAGUGGAAGCAAUACUGCAAGCUGUCGGUCAGAUCCGGUCCGGGGGACAAGUAGGAACGAAUGAAAACCAGGAAUCCAAGGAGAGUGGCUUGGUGAGAAAAGUGGCUGGCAUCAUUGCCACCCCUUUCAUCAAACUUCUGGAACUCCUCAUCUACCUGUUUGUGGAGCUGGUGAAAUAUACGUUUUAUUUCCUGUGGCUUGUUAUCAAGCGGGUUGGCAGCACUGUUCUGGACGGAGUCUACAGCCUGUGGAACGGGGUGGUGUCCUACCUCAAAGCCAUCAGCAUGGUGCUCAUCGGCAUCCCCUACGACUUGGGAAGGGUUGUCACCAACAUCUUCCUGGGCUUUCUGGAAAUCGUUCAAGACGUGGCGUUCCUCACCUACAGGAUUCUGCGCAUCCCCGUGGGGUUUGUCCUCCACCUCGCUGCUUUCCCGUACUACUCCAUCUGUGCCAUCCCCUCUGUCCUCAAAGACCUGGCCGCCGGGAUCGGUGGCACCUUCUCGCUGGCCGUUGAUGCCACAGCCACUCUUCUGCACGGCUUUUAUUACGUGGCUAGCCACAUAGCCAAACGGUUUGUCCCUAAAGGCUCCUCAGGUGACUGACGGGGGUAGAAAUCAAGGCUGCAAAGACAUAAAGUGAAAGAGGAGCUUUAAGAUACGUGGCCAAACGCUGUCAAUUUCGUUCUGGUAUUUAUUGUAGUGACGUUAAUAAUAAUGAACCAACCGGGGAGUAACAGGGAGGGCUGAGGUAACUUUGUCAGGGGACACCACCACUGCAACUCAAACUCUGUCUAUUUUAAAGCAUUCGGAUCCUGUCGGUGCGGGUCACAAAGUUUCUGUGGUUUGCAGAUACCAAGCUGCUUCCUCUGGGGGAUGCUCUCUAAGCGUGGCACGAGGCUGUUGCUUUCCCACUGAGAUAGCACCGAGACUUAUGCGCCCCUGCAGAAGCACAUCCCGUGGGGUGGAGGUUCUCGUCUGGGGAGGAAUUCAGUUUCUGAAGCCUGCAGAAGGGAAAAGGAGAGCAGGGUGCAGGGGUUAGGGGUUGGGCAGCGGGGAGGGAAGGGGGCUGGGUCCUGCUGCUGGUCGCACUGCUCGCUUCUCUGGGUCCUGUCGGUGGAGCCCAAGGAGGAAUUUGGCUGGGUGUGCUUCGUAGCUCCUGGGCCUUGGCCCUUCAAGGCAGCUGAAACCAUGCGGAUCUUGCUGUGAGGAAACACCAGCUUCUAGUUCUUUCCUACAGGGGGAAAACAUUUCCCCUUCGCCAUACCAAGCUCUCUUCCCCAGAGCUGUUCCUCGCUCCCUGGUGACCACUGAAGAUCUCAGCCCCAAUUCCUCGCCCUGGCCGCUGGGCUCCAAAGCCUGGUAGAACCUCGUGGGUCAUCAUUUUGGCUUUGAGUCAACCCCAUCUGUCAGUGACCAGCCUGUCCUGCCUCUGUUCAGGGCUAUCAGUUCAUCCAACACACAACAACACCUCCGUGCUGCAGGAUUGUGCCCAGGCGGGGAAUUGGAAAUGUUGUGGCUAUCCUGCUUAGGCGUGUUGUGAAAGUCCAGCUCAGAUGGAGAAAGUGGUCCUCCCGUGCUUUUCUGCAGGACAGAAGAAAAGUGGCUCUGCAUUUCUCAGCAGCCUGGCUCGGUGGCAGCGGUGAUGUCCUUUCCAAAAGGCACCUGGGGAACAUGGGACAGGCGAUGAGCAGGGAGCAUGGGGGGAGUUUUGCAGCUUGUUGCCCAAAGCCCCAUCCAGCCUGGCCUUGAGCACCUCCAGGGAUGGGGCAUCCACAGCUUCUCUGGGCAGCCUGGGCCAGGGCCUCACUGCCCUCUGAGUGAAGGAUUUCUCCCCCCCUAAGGUGGCUGGGGGCAGAGGACAACUCGUCAUCGCCCCCUCCAAGCACCCCACGAAAGGAUUGCUUUAAGGAGGAAAGGUGGCCUCCCGGCAAGCGGCGCUGGCUUCCUUCACGAGGAAAGGCAACUUUUUUGUGCUGAUCAGGGUCUAAUCAGGUAAAGUCAGCAAUAUUUGACAAAUCCCUCCUUCGUCUUGAAUCUGUCACUAGAGGGAUUUGGAUUCAAGGGGCACGGCCGCAGCUCCCGGCAGAGAGGCAGCAACCCGCCCUGCAUCCAGACCCAACUCCGCAUCUAACACGCAAACGCAACCCAAGCUGCCCCCCCACGUGCCCCUCUCGUGCCUUAUGCAUGGCCUGUGGCCUGCCCGAGCCGUGCCUGGCGCGAGGGCGAUGCCCAGCACACCGGGACGUCGGCGUAGCCACAUCUCCACCACCAUUGCCACCCAGCCCAGCGAGGUUCAGGCCAGCCCACGGGCACGUCUCCGCGCUGCAGCCUGGUUGCGGGGCGGGCAGCCCCUUCCACCCAGGAGGCUGCAGCACCGGAGGAUUUGAGCCGACGCGGGGCUGUUUUAAAACGGUCUGAACACGCUCAGAUUUCAACCGUGACGAACCCUAACCAGCACAGGUCGUUUUUCUUCUCUGCUGCAUGUCUGAGCAGGCAGUGGGAAAUCUGCCUGAAACACCCAGUAAUUGUUACAGAACAAGCAACAUCCUGCUACAGACUAUUGCUUCAGAUUAUUCUUAUCUGGGCAUGAUUUAUGGCUUGUGAGCUUUACUCUGUCCUAGGAAAUGUAUGGCUUUAACAAAAUAAAAGUUACUUUUCCAAAGAA